AUGCAGGUGAGCUGGGAAAAAUUUCGUAGACAGCAACAGAAAGAUGUUACGGCCAGUCCAGCUGCUACAACCAUCACUAAGGAAAGCAUAAGCGAUAAGAAGGAGGCCGGAGAUAAUGUUCAAGAUUCCUCUUCCACCGAUGAAAUGCCAACUCCAAUUUACCGAACACCAGAGUUCAGCUGGUCUACUGUACAUCUACGUCUUCUUGGAGACCUUCUAAGUGGUAUUGAAGCAGUAGUUGAGGAAUGGAAAUCAACCGAUUCGCCGUCUCUGGCUGAUUACUGCAAUAUGAAUGAGAAUCAAAUCUUUGUUGGAAACACUGUGCAUGUUAUUUCACAAUUAGCUGACAGUCUCAUUAUGGCAUGUGGCGGCUUACUUCCUCUUUUGGCGUCUGCUACAUCGCCAAAUAGCGAGUUGGAGAUUGUGGACGCUUGCCAGCAAGAAUUGCCUAUAGAUUGUGCAGCGACCCUGCUAUCCCGAUUUGUGCAAUUGGCUGAUGUCUUCGUCUUCGCCAGUGGUGUGUCAUUUGCAGAACUGGAGCAGGAAAAGAACAUGCCGUCUGGAGGAGUACUACGUCAAUCGCUUCGCCUUAUAGCUACAGCAUCUGUCAGACAUAUUUUGACAGCUCGAGUGUUACGUCCAGACAGCAGUGGACAUGCUUUUGAGCCACACGCCAAUGCAAAGAAUGAAGCAAUUUAUGAAUUUGUUAGGGGAGCGAUAGAGUCG